GGUGAUAACACGAUUGAAUAUUUUUUAACAAAUUGUAAAUUUAGUACCGAAAAAACCAAAAGAACUUUAGAUAUGUACUAUACUGUUCGAGAUUUGAUCCCCGAUUUUUACGAAAAUAAACAUCCCGGCUUAGAUCGUAUGAGACUGAUUGAUGAGGCACUAUAUAUGAUACCACUACCACAUCUCACAGAAAAUUUUCAUAGGAUAACUAUAUUCAAAAUUAACGAUGUAGAUCCAGAGACGUUUGAUGUGUAUGAUCAUGCAGGGAAGAUGUUAAGAAAUCUAUUUGAAAUUAAGAAUAAAGAGGACCUUACUUUGGGAGAAAUCUUUGUUCUCGAUUGCAAGUACGCUAAAUUUGCGACAAUUAUUAAAUGUACUCCAAUAUAUGUUAAAAAAAUUGCUUUUGUAUUGGAAAAUGUAUGGGCCAACAGACUUAAUGAAAUGCACUUAAUUAAUGUACCUACAUAUAUGGACAGACUAUUAGUUUUGGCAAGGACAUUGUUAAGUAAAAAAUUACGAGAGCGGAUUUUUGUUCAUGAAAGCUUGGACGAUAUGCUUAAAGUUGUCCCUCAAGACUCUCUACCCAGUGAUUAUGGCGGAAAAGCACCAUCGUUAGAAGAACUUCAAAAACUAUGGGCAGCUAAAUUCAAAGAAUAUAAAGAAAGAUUUGAUAAAAUGGAGGAUUUAAAAGUGAACGAAAAAUUGCGGCCAGAGAAGUUGGAAAAUAGCGAACUUCUUGGAUACCACGGAAACUUUAAAAAGAUCGAUGUUGAUUAAAUUAAUAUUAAUAUGUUAAUUGUAUGUUAUUUGUGGUGUUUAAAAUCCUAAGCUUUGUAUAAAAAAGAGUAAUUAACAAGUCGUUAUUGAGGGGAUGUUUCAGAAGUUUUUAAUAAAUC